GUUACGAAUCAACUGUUUCACUUUUAUACUAUAGGUUAAAAAAUAGAAGUAUAUAUCAACUUUUCAUAUUGUGGUCCAGGUGUUUUGUAGUAACCUCGUUCAUUACCGGUUACUUUAAUCCACUAAACUAAAAAAAUGACAGCUUUUGAAGAGAUGGGUGUAAUGCCUGAGUUGGCGAAGGCGACUGAGGAUAUUGAAUGGACAUUGCCCACGGAUAUACAAGCAGAAGCGAUACCACUGAUUUUAGGUGGUGGAGAUGUCUUGAUAGCAGCUGAAACCGGGAGUGGAAAGACCGGAGCAUUUUGUCUGCCAAUAAUUCAAAUUGUAUGGGAAACUUUGAAUGACAUAGCGAUGGGCAAAGGAACAAGUAAGUCUGGUGAACGGGCUGUCUCUGCGACCUGGGGACUCAGUCUUUUUGACCGCGGGCGCGCGAUGGCGGUUACGCCUGAUGGCCUGAGAUGUCAGAGCCGUGAGCCACGAGAAUGGCACGGCUGCAGAGCUAAUAAGGCUGUCCAUGGUAGUGGUAAAUAUUAUUAUGAAGCUACUGUUACUGAUGAAGGACUUUGUCGUGUUGGAUGGUCCACAUCUCAAGCUAAUUUAGAUCUAGGAACAGAUAAAUUCGGGUUUGGAUUUGGAGGAACUGGAAAAAAAUCAAAUUCAAAGCAAUUCACAGACUAUGGAGAAGCAUUUGGAAUGCACGAUGUUAUUGGCUGUUACCUAGACUUGGAGAGAGGAGAAGUGAGAUUCAGCAAAAAUGGGGUAGACUUGGGAAAAGCAUUUGACUUGAAUGGUCAACAAAAAAAUGAAACAUAUUAUCCAGCGGUGGUACUAAAGAAUGCAGAAAUGUCAUUUAAUUUUGGGGCUCAGCCUUUUAAACAUUCACCAGCUAAUAAUUUUGUCGCUGUAUCAGCUGCUCCGAAAGAACGGAUACGCGAAAAUCCAGUCAGUAGUAAUAGUCAAACUGAAACUGCUGAUACAAAACCUAGUCCGAAUGCACCACAAGCAAUUAUUAUUGAACCUUCACGUGAACUUGCUGAGCAGACUUUUAAUCAAAUUCAAAAGUUUAAAAAGUACUUGAAGGAUCCAACGGUCAGAGAAUUGCUGGUAGUGGGUGGAGUACCAGCCAAACAACAAAUCGCUGCGUUAAACUCAGGCAUUGAUAUUGUCGUCGGUACGCCAGGACGGCUGGAGGAUUUAAUUCAAGGCGGAUAUUUGUCACUGACCCAUUGCAGAUUCUUUGUACUAGACGAAGCCGACGGGUUACUCAAGCAAGGAUAUACAGAACUGAUUAAUAAAUUGCAUCGACAGAUACCGAAGGUUACAUCUGACGGCAAGAAGCUCCAGAUGGUUGUUUGUUCUGCUACUUUACAUUCUUUUGAAGUUAAAAAAAUGGCUGAGAGUUUAAUGAGUUUUCCGGCGUGGGUUGAUUUGAAGGGUGAAGAUGCUGUUCCUGAAACUGUUCAUCAUGUUGUAGUAAUGGUUGAUCCUCAAAAAGACAAAUCAUGGUACAAUUUAAGGUCUCAUAUUCCAACUGAUGGAGUACAUCAUAGAGAUAAUAUAAGACCAGGGAACACAACAGCCGAAACUCUGUCGGAAGGAGUGAAAAUUAUGAAAGGCGAGUACUGUAUCCGUGCCAUUAAAGAACACAAAAUGGAUCGCUGUAUAAUUUUCUGUCGUACUAAAUUAGAUUGCGAUAAUCUUGAAAAAUAUUUCCGACAAGUUGGUGGUAAUGAAUUUUCUUGCGUGUGUCUCCAUGGUGAUCGAAAACCUCCAGAGCGUAAAGCUAAUCUGGAAAAAUUCAAAAGACAAGAAGUUAAAUUUUUAAUUUGUACUGAUGUUGCUGCUCGUGGUUUGGAUAUCACUGGAUUACCUUUCAUGAUCAAUGCUACACUGCCAGAUGAAAAAUCAAAUUAUGUCCAUCGAAUUGGUAGAGUAGGUCGUGCUGAGAGAAUGGGCUUAGCUAUUUCAUUAGUUAGCUCAGUGCCAGAAAAAGUUUGGUAUCAUGGAGAGUGGUGUCCAAGCCGUGGGCGCAAUUGUAGCAAUACCAAUUUAACACCUCAAGGUGGAUGUUGUACGUGGUACAAUGAACCCCAGUAUCUCGCUGAAAUUGAAGAACAUUUAAAUAUAACAAUUGAACAAGUAGGGCCAGAUUUAAAAGUCCCAUUGAAUGAAUUCGAUGGUAAAGUAACUUAUGGUGAAAAACGCAUCAACAGAGGUUCUAAUUACCAAAAUCAUGUUCAACAAAUGGCUCCCAUUGUCGCUGAGCUUGCCACAUAUGAAUCCAAAGCACAAUUAUACUAUCUGAAAAAACAUUUCGCUAUGCGUUAAUUUAUUAUUUAAAAUAUAUUCAAGUAAUUAAUGGUAUCAUCGACUAAUUAUCUUUAUAAAUAUUGAUAUUAAAUUGUCAUUUUUUUAAAGUGAUUCGCUUAAUAAUAAUCUU